GCCGGAGUUGCUCCGAACGUCCCUAAGUCGUCCAAAAUAGUAUGAAACCACAGAAAAACCAUACAGUUUCGCAGUUGAAGAUGUACACAUGUAAUUUCCUUGUUUCCAACAUCGCGUGUAGUGGAUGUUUGACGAACCAUCGGGCUCCCAUCAGUGAGCCCAGUGCUUCGCCAUUCGGACAUUGCAGGUCGAUGUGAGGAAGUCCAAGCGACCCCCGUGACGGCACGCACGCAUCGUCACCACACCGUCAGUUCUAAGGACAACGUCAACAGGCAGCUUGUUAUGGGAGCUUUAUAUGGUUGUGCAUGUUGAAUGAUCAGCUUCACUAGUUCUCGGUAUUCGGUAACCCCCCCAAUAAGGGUAUAAACAACUUUGGUUGACUCCUGGGUGCAUUGAACUCCAGCUCUUCCCUUCACGCUUCCAUCUUCAAAUAUUUACGCACCCAUGCCUCUAAACUCGUCUCAUGCCACUGGCGCCUCUGCACCGUCUUCUAUUAAUGGUGUGCAGAACCAGGGUAACGCCCUUUUUCUUACGAUCGUCCCGCCUACGCAUCGUGGAAGGCGGCAGGGGAGCUCACCAGCAAAACCACCUCGCCCCAAAAAAUAUCCCUGUCCACAAUGUGGCCUUAUGUUUGAUAGGCCUUGCUCGGUUAAGACGCACGUCUACAGCCAUACGGGUGAAAAGCCUUUCCCCUGCGACUAUUGCAAUAGCGCGUUUCCCACCAAGUCCAAUCUCUAUCGUCAUCGAAAAACGUGCAAAAAUUACAAGAAAUGCAUGAUCCAGGGGGGGAGAUCAAGACAACCGACGCGCUCGCAGCCUGGGGCAACUCCCCAGAAUAAUACGGAUGAACAUCAAACCAAGAGGACAUCCACACCGACAUCCACCAAUUCCCAUCUGCAAGCGGGCCCCAGUCAAACUCCCGAAUCUAUUGUCCACCCUCAACCAGCAAACGCACCACCUGGUUCAAGUCCACCUUCUAUUUCAUCUGCCGUAGACUUCCAGCAGCGGCAAGACUCGAGAUCUCCUCUUGACAGCCAGCAGGCCUCCAGACGUACGCCAUCAGCUGCAUCCUCGGAAUCAAGUGGCAUGGACCUCCCGCACCCCAGGCCCUAUUUUGACAACGGCAAUACGCGUCCACGCCGCGGAUUCAGAUACGGAAGUAAUCUUGAUUAUCCGACCGAUUCUGCCGGAGGGAUCGGCAGUGCUGGUGUCAGUGACGACGCCUACGAUCAUCCUGACCGAUCCCACAAUCAUGUCCAAGGUUACUAUGAGAGGGAAUAUCUCUCACCGAGCCCAGCUAUGGAGUCGAGAGGAGCUGGUUCUCCUGUGCAUACGACGUGGGUUCAGCCGGGACAUGAUGGGGCGUACAACGCUGCUAAUAUGAAUACUAUUCAUCGUCCUCGCUCAGACCACACGUACGCGAGUUCUACAUCCGGAGCAGACGUGGGACGUGAUGUGUCCGGGACGUGGAAUUCUGGAUAUUACGCGAGUCGAGCUCUCCAAUCUGAGCCAGGCUUUGCUAUGACAUCCAUUCCUUCUCACCAUGAGCGUCCUUCUCGUACCGUUUCCAACCUCCCCUUGCACGACCCCGAGGCCCAACACUAUCCAUCCGCAUGAGCCGAAAUAGCCCCUCUACCACCCCACCCCCUCUAGGUCCGCCACGCAGGAACGCGGUAUCCGAAAUAUUUCCGCCUACUGAAACAUACAGCAUGAUGUCUUCUAGCGUUCAAAGCACAGACGCGUGGCCGCCUGCAGGUGGAAACAGUUAUCACGAAUCCGGGCACGGUACAGAAUCAUCCUAUCAUCUUAUUCGCGGCUCGACCAGAUAAAUGGUUAAUUGUCUUUCUUCACG